AUGCAUGUCGGAAACCAAACCUUAGUGACUGAGUUUAUCCUCCGUGGGUUCCCUAUGUCCCUAGAUCUGCAGACCUCUCUCUUCAUGGUGGUUCUGCUCAUGUAUAUACUCACCAUCGUCGGCAACGUUCUCAUCAUUGUUAUUGUUAUCUGUGACCCUCGUCUCCACACCCCCAUGUAUUUCUUCCUGGGGAACCUCUCCUUCCUUGAGAUCUGGUACAUCACCACGCUGGUGCCAAAGAUGCUGGCUAAUUUCUUGGCCCAGAAGAGGUCCAUCUCCCUCCGAUGCUGCUUGACACAAGCCUUUUUCCACUUCUUCCUGGGUGCCACCGAGUUUUUCCUGCUGGCUGCCAUGUCCUUUGACCGAUACUUAGCUGUCUGUGACCCCUUGCAUUAUGGGGCUAUCAUGAGCAAUGGGCUCUGCCUUCGGUUAGCCUUGGGGUCGUGGUUGGGUGGCUUCUUGACUGUCUUCCUGCAGACCAUCCUGGUUUGCCAACUCCCCUUCUGUGGCCCAAACCUCAUUAACCACUUCUACUGUGAUGUGGCCCCAUUGCUGAAGUUGGCUUGUGCCGACACCCGCUUCAUAGAGCAGGUAGUGUUUGCAGUGGCUGCCUUAGUUCUCUUGAGCUCCUUCUCCUUCACCACGAUAUCGUAUGUUUUCAUCAUAUUGGCCAUAUUGCGGAUCCCUUCCAACAGCGGGAGGCAGAGGGCAUUUUCCACCUGUGCCUCCCAUCUCAUGGUGGUCUCCAUACUGUACGGGACCGUCAUCUUCAUGUACGUGAGGCCAAAAGUGGACUCCUCACUGGAGCUGAACAAGGUGGUUUCUGUGCUGAACACGGUCAUCACUCCCCUCCUGAACCCCUUUAUCUACACGCUGAGGAACAAGGAAGUCAAAGAGGCCUUGAAAAAAGCAGUGUGUACAAAAAAGUGCUUGACGAAGAAUGAGAAGGCAAGAUGCUCAGCUGGUAUAAACUAG